AUGGCUCGGCGCAUGGAACCGGCGCUUCGAGGAGCUGGCAUCCAGUGGCUGCGCUCGCCCGCCAUGGCGCACCCGGACGUCUUCGACGCCUGGAGCCUCAUGGCGUUCGCGAGGGCGCAGGGCCGCUCCGCGGAAAUGCAGCCAGCGGGUGCAGACCAGUGGAAGGACACCGGCCGUGUCGAAGUCCUGGGCUGUGCCGGGUGCGGGGCAGCGGAGGCCUUGGAGUCAGCCCAGGCCAUCCGUGGGCUGCAGGAUGUGGGGUCGGGGUUAUUUGGCCUGCCGUCUUCGUCCCUCUUCUCGGACUUCUGCGCGGAGUUGAGCUCGCGACUGCCCCACACCUUCGUGCGCGAGCGUGCCGCGUUCAUCGAGGGCUGCGAUGGCGCCUUCGAAGUGCGGCUGGCCGAUGGCCGCUCCAUCAAGUCUCGGUCAUUGGUUCUGGCCCUGGGCUUCCCUGGCCCGGCCAUCGUCCCAUCCGCCUUCGCGGGGUUGCCAGCCGAUGUGGCAUUCCACACCGAGGACUGCGAUCGGUUGUCCACCCUGGCCAAGGGACAGCGGGUGCUCGUGAUUGGCGGUGGCCUGACGGCGGUCCAGACCGCUCAGCUGGCCAUGAGGAAGGGUUGCCACACGACGCUGUGCAGUCGGCGACACCUGGUCACGCGUCAGUUCGACAUCUGGGUCUCCGGCUUUCGAGACCUCCCCCUGCAGUGGUUCGACUUCCGCAGCCAGGGCCACCUCCGCCACGCCUUUUGGAGCGAGCCUGCGGGGGGGCGGCUCGCCAAGAUCCGGGCGACCAGGGGCGGCGGCUCGGUGCCGCCCUCGUACAUGGAGCAGCUGCGGGCCGCGGAGGCGGCGGGCCAGCUGAGGGUGGUGCUCGGCGAGGUCGAGGCCUGCAGCUUCGAGGGCGGGGUGGUGGAGACCACCCUCCGCGGGGAGGACCAGAGGUUGCGGCAAGGGCGGGUGUCGGGAGCCUCGAGAUGGGGAUCCGUGCAGCAAGCAGGGGUCAGCCAGAGCGCCGGAUAUUGCAGGGUCCUACAGAGCCAGGGGUGCAUGGACCCGGGCUGGCGUGCAGGAUCAUGCAGGAAGGCGCCCAGCAGUUCGACAGGGUCGUGCUCGCCUGCGGGCACAGGCCCGGCUGCCUGGAGCUCCCGUUGCUCGCCGAUCUCUGCAGGCGGUGGCCCACCGAGAUCCAGGGCGGGCUGCCGGUCUUGUCGGAGGACCUGCAGUGGGGCGGCCUGAGGCAGCUGUUCGUCGUCGGCGCCCUCGCGGGGCUCCAGGUCGGCCCGGACGCGGCGAACCUCAUGGGGUGCCGCAGGGCGGCGCACGUGGUGGCACAGACGCUCGGGCUUCGGUCGUGGCUGCGGCAAGAUAGCCAGCCAGCCAGCAGGUCCAUCUCUGUGUGCGGCAACCGGUACUCCGCGCUGGAGUCGGAGGACAGCGACGGGGCCAGCACGGACGCGGACUCCGAUGAGAGCGACGCGCCAGCCAGCGGCGAUUCUUUUUGAGUGAUUUGCGCGCGGACAUUGCGCCCGCUGGCGCUGGCCCCUGAGUAAGUGAGCAGAACUGCUGACAGAAUUCGAUGUGAGCGUCGCAGCUCGACGAUGCGAUUGUCGUGCUCAUGCUUCUUGAUCAGUUUUGUUUUUCUUGCGCUGGGCCAGCCUGGCCGAGUGUCGAGGAGAGGCGAUAUUUUUUCAGGGCACACGCGGCUUCACCGAAAGGGUGAGAUCGAACGACGCUUUCGUCGCAACUGUACCCUUACGAGGCGUGGUAUCCGCAGGGUGGCUGAUCGGUUUUAGGAGAUUGAGGGGUGAUAUAUUUGGCCAGCGCGGCCAGAGGUUGCAAUCGAAAGGAAGAACAGGGC